AUGUCAACAAUACCAUCUUCAGCAGCCGCAACGACUGCUGAUUUGUCAUCAUCGAAGGCAGCAUCACUGAAGCAGCUAAAAAGCAGCAUGCAUCUCGAUUUCUCAUCGCCUACAUCAUCCAAAAAGCAAAUAAUUAGUGCUGACCUACUAGAUAUCAUCAAAGCAUCACCAACAAUAGGAAAAAUGUUUUCCCAAGGUACGACCACACCGACGCCUACGAAAUUAUUGUAUCCUUCUGAAGUUACAUUAGCACAGAGGCAGUAUGCUCAAGGUUUUAUCGAUGCAUUAACGCAGGUGCAGCAGUUGAAUGGAUUUGUCCCAUCGCCAGCACUUCUCAAUUCUCCGAGUUUCUUGGCUCCUUUGUUUCAGUCCGUUACUGCAUCAACCAGUAACAGCGAUCAAACGAAAACGGUGACAAGCCCUGUACUUACUAGUCCAAGCAGUCUCCACAAAAACGCCCUCAAAUGCAUUUCUCCUGUGUUUUGGCUUACUUUGCUUGUUUUCGAUGAUUCACCAGUAGCAGCAAGAGCAGCAUUUGCAGCAGCUGCAGCUUUGCAUGCUAUACCACCAAUCCAUCUGGCAGCUAUGAAUGGUAUGGGUUCGCUUGCUGGUUACAGUUUCACUCAACUGACUCCAACUCAACUUACUUCUUAUGCUGUGGCUACGUCCUCUACAGUAACAACAACAACAACCGCUUCUGUGCUUCAGCAGCAACCGGUCGGUUCAUCAUCAACCACCACAGUUGUUAUGCAUCCCGAUGAUAUAACCAUGAAAAAUGAAUUACCAGGUUCAUUGU